UUGUAACCGAUUGGCCUAUAAAUAAGUAUUGUUGGCUCAGUAGAAUAAAGGCAGGAUAUGAUUCAGUGUCAUUCUACAAUGGAAAACUCUAAAAUGUUCCACUUGCUUUGCCUACUCUUGGCCACCUUUGUUCUUGUUUCCUCUGCUCGUGACAUAAUAUCAACUCAGCAUACACAGGAAGAAAAGGUUGUUGGCCUCAAUGGACGUGGCGGAUAUAACAAACCGCACCCACCUCUUAAACAAAGUGAUGUUAGUCUUGAUGGCCGCGGAGGUUAUAACAAGCCUCGUCCACCGGUGGAAGGAAGCGAUGUGAGCCUAGAUGGACAUGGUGGUGGAGGGUAUGGUGGGGGACAUGGUGGUGGAGGGUAUGGUGGCGGACAUGGUGCCGGAGGGUAUGGUGGCGGCGGGCAUGGUGGUGGAGGGUAUGGUGGAGGACAUGGUGGAUAUGGUGGUGGAGGGCAUGGUGGCGGCGGUUGGGGUGGAAAAGGUGGUGGUGGUGGUGGUUGGGGAGGCAAAGGUGGUGGAUAUGGUGGAGGUGGUGGCCAUUGGUCAUCUGCAGAAGAAUCACUUCAAAAGACUAAUGGUUAUGGUGGUGGAGGACAUGGUGGAUAUGGUGGUGGAGGCCAUGGUGGAUAUGGUGGGGGAGGCCAUGGUGGAUAUGGUGGUGGAGGUGGAAAAGGUGGUGGAUAUGGUGGAGGUGGUGGCCACUGGCCACCAACAGAAGAAUCGCUUCAUACUGGUGGAAGUUGUUGCCGCCACGGUGGAGAGCACCGCGAAGGUUUGAUAGGUAAAGGUGGUGGUGAGUCACCACCUCAAAAUGUGGAGAAAGAUGUUAGCCUCGAUGGUCGUGGAGGAUAUAACAAGCCUCAUCCUCCGGUGGAGGAGGUUGUCGAGGUGGAGAAGAAUGUGAAUAAUGUUAAUAAUCAUGGUGGACAACAUGGUCCUAUUCACCCACCACAAACCGAAAACAAUCCACAAGGAACUACUAAUGGCCACUAAUUAGGUUAUGAUGUUGUAAAUUUUACUAGAUACUUAAUUUCGUAAGUUGUAUCCUCUUGAAGUAACUAAGAAUAAAACAAGAUCAAUGUAGAUAGGAGUAUAAUGGUAGCUGCCUAAGCUAGCUAGUAGAUCGAGUAUAUAUGUACUACGUACGUACGUUUUUUCAAUAUAUACUAUGUAUAUGUAUUUUGUUGAUC